GAAAGCAGUGUUGGAUCAGCUGCUGUUCUUCUCCUGAAGGUUCUGCUCAGGGCUGAUCUACACUUUACUGAGGAGCUUCAGUUCUCCUUCACAGAGACGCGCUGCUGCUACUUAACCCUAAUCGCGUCUAAUCAUCUCUCUCACUCCCGGAUUCAGCAGCUGAAAUGUGAGGGACGCCGUGAGCUACUCGACCUGCUGGAGAAAUUAAAGGACUGGAGCGCAGCUUCUGCUCUGGAGGAACCCGGAGAAAAAGAGCAGAAAUCCCCGUGGUGAGAAAGUGUGGAAAAGUGUGAGAGGAAGAGAAAGAUUUUACCUGGAGCUCCAGUAGAGAAACGGAGGAGUCCCGCUAUGAGACGGUGAAGUUAAAGGUGGAGGGGUGGAGGUUGUGAAGGUGGUGGUGGGCAGGUGGGGGUGCGCACCUAAACAAAACCAGAUAAAAUGCGCUUCUAUAGGGACCACAACCACAUGGACUUGUUAUCAUCACCAAUAAUAAACUACACUGAGAGAACCCGAGCCGGAUAACAGCUAAACUUCAGAGAAGAGAGAGAGAGAGCGAGAAAGGAAAAAAGGCCAGAGUGUUCUCUCUCUCUUUCAUUAUUAAAAUGUUUACCCACUACCUCCACCACCUCCACCUCCACACUCAGCGACAGAUCACCCAGAAGAGCCGCGUUUUAAGAUAUAAGAGACCUGCUGGAUCUCCAGACCUGAGGAAGGAGGUGGUGGUGGAUCUGCUGAAGCUUUUGGCAUAUGCUAAUUAGCUAACCAAUCUAUAUAACAAACUUAACAUAGCUAACUUGAGCAGCUAACCCCCUGCAGGAGACGUGCGGCUUCCCAGUUCCAGUUCUAGCACUGCUGAUUAAAGGCGGGAUUAUAAAGUGUGGGAAUCACUGAAGACCAUCAUCUCUCACACAAGAGAGAUACAUACUGGAGCUGCUUCCUAAAACAGGACAAGAGGGCGGUCCCGCCUUCGCCCACCGGUCAUCAUGAGGGUGCCGCGCUCCCCGGGCUGCGCUGCGCUCCUGCUGGUGAUUUUGGCGGCUGGCUCGUGCAGCAGCAGGGAGGGCAGCAGGGAGGGCAGCAGUCUGCUGGAGAUGCUGAUGGACUCAGGUAGAGCAGCUCGGCAGCAGCAGCGCGCGGAGCAGAGCUCCACCAGCGUCCCGCAGCAUCAGCAGCAGCAGCAUCAGCCCCCCAAAAGAGAAUACGUCAUAGAGACCAGAGAGAGGAACGAAGUGAAUAAGUCCUACCAGCACGAUCAAAUACUGGAGGUGUUUCCGAGAGAUCUGCGACAAAAGGAAAAGUUCCUGAAACAUUUAACAGGGCCGCUCUAUUUUAGCCCCAAAUGCAGCAAACACUUUUAUAGACUAUAUCAUAAUACCAGGGACUGCACGAUACCAGCCUAUUAUAAAAGAUGUGCUCGGCUGCUCACAAGGUUAGCAGGCAGUCAGCGGUGCUCAGAGGGAUAGAUCUCACAGAGUAUAUCAGAUCUGAAGGACUAAAGAGAACCAAGAAGAAAAAGUGCCUUGGAAAAGAACAAGGGAAAUCUGAUGAACUCAGAAAAUCUGUAUGUCAUUUAGUUUUUUUUUUUUUUUUUUAACGAAAUGGAACUCUUCCAUCGAUUUCUAACACAGUAUCACGCGAUCCUCACAGACUGAUGGAAUUCAUGUUAUCACUGAACUUUUUGAUGACUCUUAUGGUGCAAGUGAAGAUGAUAAAAUUGUUCUACAGAGAAACAAAAGAGCAAAUGAACAAAUUACCCUCUGCCAAAAGUCUGCUGCUGCCACCGCCUGUCGGUUGAUUGAUUUGCCUUCAUUAGUUGUGUUGUGUUUCCAGAGAGGUAUUGGCCAGUUUUUAGGAAACUAGUGAGAAAACCAGAAUAAUUACUGAUGAACACAUAAGAACAGUUCAAUCCUCUUAAUGGACUCAAUCCUCAUAACAGACCCUCAAAACCCUGGUUAAAUUAACCUGAACUGCACAAUAAAUUCUUGCCUUUUCA